UGGUUUUGUUGUGGUCCUCAUUGGUGAAAAAGUGCAAGGGAUAGAUUUGUAGUGUUCAUAGUGUUGUACUCCUUGAAGUAUCCAACAGGGUGGCUUCUGCUAACGCUAGAAGUACAUGCAAUUAGCAUUAGCUAACGGUUAGCUAGUUGAAACGCGUCUCUUAAAAGAAGCCUUAACAACAUUGAACAGCUUUUUCAAAAUCGAAAACCCACAGACAGCAAUCACUUACCUCAGAAAGCUCUCUGGGUGGGCUGUGUUGGCAUUUAUUUUCUUUACACACUCCUCCAGCACGCUCAAUACAUCUACACUAGCCAUCGUUGAGCCCACAUGCGUGCCCGUCUGUGUCGCAGGUAAACAGGCUCACCAGGAAACAGUUCCGCUGGUGUCUUUGGUUCCUACAUACAAACAUGGCGUCCGCCGUGCUGAAGGUUGCAGUGGCAGGUCUUUCCAGAUGUUCUGCUCUCACACUCAUGAGGGCACAUUCAACGACAGCCCCCCUCCAUCAGGGCCUACCUGGAUCCCUGUGGAAGCUGGGGAGGCUGAACCACAUCGCCAUCGCUGUCCCUGACAUGGAGAAGGCCACGGCUCUGUACCGGGACGUGCUCGGGGCCACAGUGAGUGACAAGGUGCCCCUGCCCGAGCAUGGCGUUUACACAGUGUUUGUGGAGCUUGGAAACACAAAGCUGGAGCUUCUCCAUCCUCUGGGGGAGAAGAGCCCGAUCGCUGGCUUCCUACAGAAAAACAAGUCUGGAGGGAUGCACCACAUUUGUAUCGAGGUAGACGACAUCAAAGCUGCAAUAGUGGACCUUAAAGCAAAGAACAUCAGAACUCUGUCAGCAGAGCCACGGAUCGGCGCUCACGGUAAACCAGUGAUGUUCCUCCACCCUAAAGACUGUGACGGUGUGCUAGUGGAGCUUGAAGAGGCGUGAACACCUCAGUCUGACGUGGGAGCUGUUUAUUCACAAAUAUAUUUUCCACAGGCAAUUUGACAACAAAUCCUGAUUUUGUAAUAGGAGUCUUUACAAAACACAGGUUUAAUUUUUCCUAUUUCAUCAAUGUGCCUCAAAGUCUUUCCUUCAGCUCUGUUCACUUUCCUAAUGUGUUGGGGGGGGAAAUAUAAACAUGGUGUGGUGUGUGGUUUGAUGAAUGUUCAAUAAAUACCCAUUUUAUAAUGAUA